AUGGUCGGCGACGGCAAAGAUCUCUCCACUCGUGAUGCUACGCUACUGGGAAAAGACGAUGUUGGAUUAAUCAUACCUCCCAAUAACACCGUCUCCCAGCUGCGCAACGGUCACACCGCAUCCCCCUCACCUGAAGACGGCCACGACAACGCCGCCUUCCACCACGGGGACACUAGCAGAAAGGACCAAGAAGCCUUUCUUGAAAACCCUUUCUUGGCAAUAGAGCCAACCUCGACCGAUCCAACGAUGGCUGUCAUUUCCGCCGCUCUAAAUCAGACGAAUGCUCUGAUCCGGCAGCAGAAUGAUCAAAUUGGAGCAUUGGAACAUCAACACCACACCGACAGAGACAGGCGUCCCAAGCCUGAUGUUUCAGCAGCCAAGAAAAGGAAACACUCCCCGUCAAAAAGAGACCAGCCUUCUUCUCUAGCCAAAAGAAGCAAAAAAGAUCAUCGCUCUCAUCGGCGCUCACCUUCUCCAUGUCCGAAAGGACGAUCAAGAUCGCCUUCCCCGAAGCCGACGGAUCACCGCCGCUGUCACAGACGAAAUCGCAGUCGUUCCCCAACUCCUAUCAAAGAAGGGUUUCUUAUGAAAGAGAGUUGA